AUGCCCUCCACUCGAGAUCCCACAUACUUGCUGGCGCCGAAUUGGACUUUUCGCCCAAAUGGUCCGAUCGCCCUUGGAAACAUAAUUGUCGAUCCUUUCCGCCCUCAGUAUGCAAUCUCCAGGCCGACUAAGCCUCUGCCUGAGACGGAGACGGCGACGGAGAACAACUGGACAUUUGGGACUGACAAAAUACGGAGCAUUAAUGUGAGCAUCUGGACUCGCCUAUUUGAUCAGCUCAACCUAAAACUCGGACCCAACCGCCAAAAAACCGACACUGUCAAAAUUACAAUGAAAUCUCUCGAGACCAUUUACUUUAGAGAUGAGCCUUCGAUGCAAGACAUCCAAGCACUAGCCAACGACCCAAGAAUCCGCAGUAUUUUGAAUGCCGAUAGCCUGUUUAGAAGCCCAGUUUACAUGGUGACGGGCCUAAAAAUCGCAAAAGGGUUCCGGUUAACCCACCAUGGUUCCUCCGGACACGGAUUCACUGCCGAAGUGUCAGAAAAUGUGGCUCCGCAGAUGUCUGUUAGCGGAAGUGUCGAUAUUAAAACGAAGACGAGUGUAUUGGGCGAAUUUGACGCAGCCAAUGAUAUCAUCUUCGCAUAUCAACUGCUAAUAAUUAAGCCAAAAGGCUGGGGUCAAAAUAUAACUUUCAGGCUGGAUGAUUUCCGUCACAAGGCGGCCAUGCUCAUGGAUAGUAACAGCGACGAAGAGGAAAAAGAAAAUAUUGAAGUUGAAUUCAGCAGCGCAACAAUCGAUGAUGUGGCCAGGGUUCAAGAAGGUGUUACCGAUGUUAAUCCUGACAAUGAGCAACAUGCCUGGCUAUUCCAGGAUGAAUGA